CAGCAAUACGCCUACUAAUCAGGAAGAACAUCCAGUGCGAGAGAAAAGGAUCAGGGAGUAGGAGACCAAUAAUAUCUAUCACAAUGUCUAAAAGUACAAGUACAACAAUUUUUCGUAAAGUAAAUAUAGAUGAAUUUGAUGAAAAUAAUUACCAAGAUGAAGUGGUAGAGGCCGAUCAAGUCGCUGUACCAGCCGAAGAAGAAAUUGAACGACUACUGAACAGUAAGAAGAAUGUUGAUGCAUUGCAGCUUCUUCUGCGAAACGCACCAAUCACGUCAAAGAACCAAGUAGAUAAAGACAAGGCACACCAACUUGUGAUCAGAGUACUCACAAUGUUCAAAGCAUCAGAGGUCGGCGAUGCGGUGAACUCAUUAGAUAGCAACUCCAUCGAUAUUCUGAUGAAGUACAUCUACAGAGAGUUUGCAGCACCCUCAGAGAAAAGUGCAAGCGUCUGCCUGACAUGGCAUGAAAAGGUAUAUGCAGUUGGUGGUGUAGGCUCAAUCAUCCGAGUAUUGACCGACAGGAAAGGGGUUUGAUUAUUUCCAGCUUCAGACUAGUAUAUUUUGAUCUUUUUAUAUACCUGAUUCUAGUCAACAAACGUGCCACAAUUACAAAUGUCGAGUUUUGUAAGGUGGAUCUGUAAUGCCACAUUUCCUUUCAUUCUUUAGUAUGCAUUCCAUCUGCAUUUAUGUUUAGUAGGUCUAAGUUAAGUACAGUGUGAGUCAGAAAACAAGAAAUCCCAGCCUAUUCCAUGAUAUCUACAUCAUAGGCUACAUGGACUACUUGGAAACACCAGAUUACAACUAUCUUUAGAGUUGAACAUGGGGUUCCUUUUUUACGACUCACAUUGUAUAGUCAUAUCAAAAGACAUUUUUUUAGCCUUUUGGACAUUAGCUGUGAUCGCUUCACUCAAUCAUAUGGCACCAUAAAUAUAUUGGAUUCUGUAGAACAGUAUAAGAUUGAAUUUCGGGUAGGUUGUUCUAAAAACAAAAUAUUGAUUUGAAUUGA